GUAUCAUGCACUCACAUAUCUUUCGUUUUGGGACAGGCACUGUCAUGAUGGAUGCUGCCUCUGAGAUAAGACCUGAACUAGCCUACCGUUCAGAAGACGCCUGUGGAAAGAAGUACUCAUACCCCGCACGUCCAGAAUCGUAUGGAAAUCGCGUGAAAGAGUAUGCUGUGCUCCACACCAGGCCCAUACAUGAAAGGUACGCGUCGUUCGCAAGCAGAAAAUCAUCGUUCGACCUUUAUCCUGCAACUGCGAAGGGAAACACGGAAAAAAUGGCAAAAGCUGGAUUCUUCUACACUGGUGCUCAAGAUCGCACAACCUGCUUUCAGUGCGGCAACUCCCUUUGCAGUUGGAGCGAUGAGGACGACCCAUUAUCUGAACACGCCAGGUGGUACAGAGACUGUCCUUACGUCAUUCUGCAGCUUGGUGAUGAGGCUAUCGAGAACAUUAGUCGGGAACACAGCAAUACACUUGCAGAGAGAAGCCUUGAAGAAAGGAGCAAAGCUGACAGAGCAACAGAGUUCUUGGUAGUGAACCUAAAAUCAUCAUAUCUUGUCCGCCGCCUGAUUCUACAGGGCAUCAACCCGGACAUCGUGGAGUUAGCGAUACGCGCAAGACUUAACAGCACGGGGUUGGUAGACGUGCUCGACGAGCAGGACCUACGGAGGGCGCUAGGUGAAGUCGUGUGUUUACCACAAAACGUCAGAACAAGGGAAGUUCCAAAAGCUGAUACAGGUGACUUGAGCAAGUGCAUCAUCUGCAAGACAGGAGACAGACACAUGAUAUUCCUUCCAUGCAGUCAUCUUGUCUCCUGCACUGGAUGUGCCACAUCCAGCACCGUCUGUCCCUUAUGCGAGCGCAAGAUCGCAACCACGAGGGAGGUUUUCUUGGCCUGAAAACAUGGAAAAGUGAUGGUAGAAGUCAUCUCGACGAGACAAUCAGCCGGAUCCCCGUGAUACGUGACUGCUGGAAAACAAGAACCACACGACGUCGCCGAUGGAAAGGAACGAGUUGUCUCCACGUAAGAAGACGUCCUCGCUAAAGUGCUGUCA